AUGAGCCAAGGCAACUCUAACUGGCAGGGAGACGAUAUCUCUGAAUUCAAUCCCCUUGCUCCUGACAGCUCGUCACCUGGUCAGGCAAACGGCAUGGCAUUCAACAAUGCCAACGCCAUGUCUUCUAUGACAAACCCAGAAGAAACCGCUUCGGGAAUGUCGUCGGCGAGCCCCAUGUCGCCAAUGCCGACCACGACCUACAUCCCCACCAUGUCUCAUAUGGUUCGUGACCCUCAGCCGCCUGCGUCUCCGGCUAUGUUUAGGGCAAUGACUGGUGCCUCUAUGAGCCGGGGACGUUGGACAGGCAACAUGAACUUGGCCUUAGCAUAUGGCUCUCGCCAGACCAACUACGAGGUUGACACUGGCAUUCAACUGGGCUCGCAAGGCCAAGGGAUGCUUCACCAAUAUCAAAUUGGUGAGGCCUCAACGUCUACCCCGGUACCCGACCGCAGGGCCUUGCAAGUAUCCGCCGCCACCCAUCGCCUCAAUUCCAGAGCGCCAAUGCCACAGCGUCAAUCAGGCAUGGUCAAUUAUUCCUUUGGAAGCGGCUCGGCCCCUGGUUCAUCUGGUCCAGAGCGGGACUCUGCUCGUAAGGUCACGAAGAGACAGGGCAAGAGGGUAGCACGGAGCGACAAGGAGGGAGACAUGUCAAUGUCCGACUCGUCCACCUUACAGUGGAGGCCAGGCAUGCGGCAGACGAAGAUCCUGGACUCGUGGUCUGAGGAGAGAAAGGAGCAGACUCGUAUCAGAAACGAGUUAAUCUCCAAGUGCAAGGCUGAUCACACCAGAGAUCAGAACAGGGUCUCGGCUCGUAAGAGUCGCCAGAAGAAGGAGGACGCCCUGCAAGAUGCUAGAAGUAAUGUGCAGAAGCUCCAAGAGCAGAACAUGGCACUGGCUCAGCAGGCCCAGGAACUCAAUACCAGAAUCAACAUCUACGAGAUGGAUAUUGAGAACCGUGGCCAGAGCAUUGCUAUGCUAGCCAGUGACAAUGCGGCUCUCCAGGCUCGAAUUACGCAACUGGAGAUGCAAAUCUUGCAGGGCGGACAAAGUGUGCAGGGAUUCCAGACAGAAGAGACACCUGCACAGGAGCUUACCCCGGUUCUGCCUCCUUACUCAAGCCAGGUCCAGAGCCAACUUCAUGGUUCUAUGUUCAGACAGAACCCUGGACCUGCCUCUGCUCACACCCAGGGCCAUACUCAAGAUCAGCUACAGGCUCAGGUCUCUCCGUCCGCCCAGGAAGGCUCGUCAGCUCGAGAGUCCUCUCUAAGUCGAGAGAUAGCUCAAAUCCGAGCUGUAAACCUCAACGACGAGCAUGAAGCUCCCUCUGAACUAUCCCCGAUGAACACAGCUCAGGGCUCAGCUGAACUGGGUGGCCAGGAUGAUGUCGGCGACAUGUCUCUCUAUGACUAUGAGGGAUACUUUAACAGUGGCGGACAGGCAUGA